AUGCGGACCAGAAAUUCACUAGGAGAGUUGCCGACAUCACCCUCAGAGGAACAGACAAGCGCCAGGAAAAGAGGACAUGCCGAAGAUGAACCCGAGGUCGACAAGGACCUGACACCACGGAAGAGACGAAAGCCCACUAGAUUUCGAGACUCCCCAAAAGAAAUCAAAACUAAACCAGAGACUGCGCCCAAAGUAUUGGCCGAAUCCAAGGCCAAAGAGGAGGAUGGACAACCUCUGAAAAGGAAUGUCAACGACCUGGUCGUGGAUGUACUGGAGGGACCAGCCCAGACGCCCACCAAGAGGAAACCAGGCAGGCCGAAGGGUAGCAAGAACCUGCCCAAGCCACCGCUGAACGGGGUUCACACAACACCAUCCAAAUCACAAAGCGGCAGAAAAUGGGCAACCCCAGUCAAGACCAAUGGAUCCAACGGGAUCGAUACGCCGCGCAGGCGGAACCUGGCCGAUCGGUCAGCGCGCAAGAAGAGCGUGAGGACGAUGAUCGAGCGUGUGGUCUCGGGCAUGAUGAGCGACGAUGAGGCCGGCGAUGAUGUUUUAGCAAGGGAGAUUUAUCAGUCCAGCGAAGACGAGGAUGAAGGCCAGCAGAUACCAACCGUGGAAGUCGAGGCUCCCGCAGAAGAUCUGGAAACAGGGGAACAGUCGGAGGUGGCCCCUACUCCAACAAAGAGGAGACCCGGUCGUCCAAAAGGAAGCGGGAAGAACGGACCGGCAAGAAAAAGGUCGCCCACCCCUCCACGAGAUCUUCCUCCGUACGAGCGUUACUUCUUCCAAAACAAGCCCGGCUCUCUUAAAACUUCCGGGAACAGGCUGAACCUGGAGCUGCUUACGCACGAGGAAUACUUCAACUUGGUACGGGACUACAAGGAUCCACACGCUAGUGAUGUUCAAUUUCUACAAAACAUGCACGCCGACUCCUUUCGGCAAUGGGCAUUCGAGUUAUCCCAAGGUUUCAGCAUCUGCCUGUAUGGCUACGGCUCUAAACGCGCUCUCCUCCAGAGGUUUGCGACGGAGCUAUACCACCGAGGCCACAAGAGGAUAGUAGUUGUCAAUGGGUAUAUACGGACGUCGGGCGGCAUCAAGGAGGCCCUGAGCACGAUGGCACGGGCUGUCGAUCCGGCUUUUAGACUCCCAGCAACACUCCCUGUGACCAUGGCUCAAGGGCUCAUGUCACUGCUCGCUGAGCACCCCGACACUGUUCUCACGAUAAUAGUGAACUCUAUCGAUGCGCCAGGCAUGCGCAAGGGUGGUUCCAGUAAUACGACGCAGGCCAUCCUUGCACAGCUUGCCUCCCACAAACAGAUCCGUCUUGUUUGCUCUGCCGACACGCCCGAUUUCUCCCUGCUGUGGGACGCGGGCCAGAGGUCACAGUUCAAUUUUGCCAUGCAUGACUGCACGACUUUUGCAGCCUUUGGUGCCGCGGAGCUUGAUGUCGUCGACGAGGUGCACGAGCUGCUGGGCCGCAAGGACCGGCGCGUCGGUGGCAAGGACGGUGUCAUAUUUGUGCUGCGUAGUCUGCCGGAGAACGCCAAGAACCUGUUCCGUCUGCUCGUCACUGAAGCUCUUGUGGCCAUGGACGAGGGCAGCGGCAUGGGAAUGGGAGACUUUUCGGGCGGAGAUGGUCCAGGGGUGGAGUACAGGAUGAUGUACAACAAGGCGGUUGAGGAAUUCAUUUGCAGCUCUGAGAUGGCUUUCAGGACACUGCUCAAAGAAUUUCAUGAUCACCAAAUCAUCACCAGUCGGAAAGAUGCGCUAGGAACUGAGCUGUUAUGCUUGCCUUUUCGAAAAGAGGAGAUAGAGGGAAUCUUAGAAGACCUGAUGAGCUAACAUAUCUGCGCCUGGAAGAACUACAGUGGACAUACAAACAUUGUCAAUAUGAGUGUGUCUGUGGUACCAAUGGAGAUUAGGCGUAGCAAUAUGCCACAUUCCGAG